ACUCUCAGUUUCAGUCUCAGACAUGAAAAUGGCGGAAAAAGGCCUUUCCUCACUCCUUCGCCGACCUUCCCUCUAUUCCCUUACAACAGCGACUGCCGUGAAAGCUGUCUAUAUUUCCAUCUUCUCAAAAUUCCCUUCUUCUUCCUAUUCCUCUGCAGCUGCUGCUGCCUUCAAAGAAGCAGCAGAAGGAGAAGAGAGAGAGGAUAUUAAGAAAGAGAAGGGGAAAUGGCUAACCUUACCUCCAUUCUCUUCUUCUUCCGUCGAUGCUUCGUUGCUCGGGAAGCGGAUCUUCGGUCGCCAUCCUUCGGAUUCGAAGGAGACUGAAGUGGACGCUGCUGCAACCAUGACGGCUUUGAAAUGGGUUCUGCGUUGCUGCCCGCAGCUGCCGAGAUGCCUCGUUCAGAAGCUCUUCCGCUUGAGACAGGUUCGAAGAGAAUCCAGUAAUGCAACUGCUGCUUGUCUGGAAAGUCAAGUUCAACAACAUCGACUUACAAGGGUAUCGGCAAAAGACGCAAUGAAUUCUGGUGAUCGGAUCUUUCUCCCUAUCACUGUGCAAGAGUACCCCUCUGAAAAGAAUGACUACCUCUGCAAUGAGGAUGAAAUAAAUUACAUCCAGAGCCUUGAAUUGUACAAGGAUCCAGCUAUCAUUGUGGUGAAUAAACCUCCAGGCUUGCCUGUUCAGGGUGGUAUUGGCAUCAACAAAAGUUUAGACAUGUUAGCUGCAACUUCUUUAAGAUAUGAUUAUUCAGAACCCCCUCGGCUGGUACACAGACUUGAUAGAGAUAGUAGUGGCAUUUUAGUGAUGGGAAGGACGCAAACCAGUGCAACUGUUUUACAUUCCAUCUUCCGAGAAAAAACUUCUGGAGCAUCUUUUCAUGCUGUUGGCAAUGCUGAAAGAAUCCUGGAAAGGAAGUAUUGGGCACUUGUCAUUGGAACUCCAAGACGUGCGAAGGGACUAAUAUCUGCUCCACUGGCAAAGGUGGUUAUGGACAAUGGGAAGUCGGAGCGAAUUACCAUUGUUGAUGAUACCAAAAUCACGUCAUCCCAGCAUGCCCUAACAGAGUAUGAAGUGAUCAAAUCUUCAAAUCAUGGAUACACAUGGCUGGAGCUCCGCCCACUUACCGGUAGAAAGCAUCAGCUCCGCGUCCAUUGUGCGGAAGCCUUGGGAACACCAAUAGUUGGAGACUACAAGUAUGGUUGGCAAUCUCACCGGAAAUUGGAACCCAUGCCUUGUUUUAACUGGGAAAGGGAGAGUGCUAAACAUCUUACAAAACGGAAACUUCCCUUUGGCCUCGACUUGGAGAGUGGCAGUAUCUCGGAAAAGCAGCCACACCUGCAUCUUCACUGUAGGCAAAUGCUCUUGCCAAAUGUGUCACUGGCUCUACAACUGCAAUCAUCAACUCACUGUGAUCUUUCGAAGCUGGAGAGGAUCAACUUAGUUGCUCCUUUGCCAUCACAUAUGCAAAGAAGUUGGGACAUCUUGAGCUCUUGAUAUUCUUGCAGUACGUAUGGAUCUUCAGCCCAAUUAUUAUUAUUAUUUUCUUUAAUGGAGAGAAUUUAUUAUGGUAAAAGAGGAAGAGAAACCUUAAAGGAGUGAGCUCCCAAUACAAAGAUCCACCUCUCUCAAACCAUUUCAAGGAAGAGUAUUUGCAACAUCACUAGGAGCCAUUUAGUGUUCUUAAAUAACUGCUUUUGGGCAAUGGGCUUAUUUCAAGAAUGGAGGGGUUGGAGCAGGCGUUUCCAAUUGGAAGAGUCAUGAUUCAGUGAGUGGCAUCUCAUGCGAGGGUUGGAACAUGUAUGAUAGAUUCAUGCAUCAGAGAUCCAGGCUAUUCAACAGGUAGAGCGCCUUGUGAACAUACCGCAUACCAAAAAUCAGGAUAGUACACUCGUUACGUGCCAUGGUAUAUCGAAUUUGGAAUGGACUUUUCUUUUCUAACCACCCAUUUCUCAUAUGAAAUAGACCUCCUUGAUUAGAGGACCACACUAUUUUUUGUCCAUGCUACCCUUCUUGAAGAUGGCCCAGAUAUCUGAACCA